GGGAUAUUCUGCCCUACUGCAACCGCAAGAGUAUCAUCUCACUCCGCCUUCCUUCUCCAUCACACGCACGAACGCCCACACGCCCAACAGAGGCACAGCCGAAGCUUGGGAAAGCCCCCGUAGAAAUUUCAACCUCUUUCACUGGAAGCCGUAAGACCAGAUACAGUUUCAACGAUCGAAAAGACAACAAACCCACAUGGGAACCCUUGGGAAAGCAAUAUACACCGUCGGAUUCUGGAUUCGCGAGACCGGCCAGGCCAUUGAUCGUCUUGGCUGCCGCCUCCAAGGCAACUACUACUUCCAGGAGCAACUGUCUAGGCAUCGAACUCUUAUGAACAUAUUUGAUAAAGCUCCUGUGGUUGAUAAGGAUGCAUUUGUGGCCCCAAGCGCCUCUGUCAUUGGGGAUGUUCAAGUUGGAAGAGGAUCAUCUAUUUGGUAUGGAUGUGUCUUGAGAGGUGAUGUGAACAACAUCAGUGUUGGUACUGGAACUAACAUACAAGAUAACUCUCUUGUGCAUGUGGCAAAGUCUAACCUAAGCGGGAAGGUCUUACCUACCAUUAUUGGGGACAAUGUUACCAUAGGUCAUAGUGCUGUUAUCCAUGGCUGUACCGUUGAGGAUGAGGCCUUUGUUGGUAUGGGGGCAAUACUCCUUGAUGCUGUUGUUGUGGAGAAACAUGCUAUGGUUGCUGCUGGAGCCCUUGUGAGACAGAAUACAAGGGUCCCAACUGGUGAGGUAUGGGGAGGCAACCCAGCAAAAUUUCUGAGAAAGCUCACUGAUGAAGAGAUAGCCUUCAUUUCCCAGUCUGCUACCAAUUAUACAAACCUUGCACAGGUCCAUGCAGCUGAGAAUGCAAAAUCAUUUGAUGAGAUUGAGUUUGAGAAGGUUCUCCGCAAGAAGUUUGCUCAUCGGGAUGAGGAGUAUGACUCCAUGCUGGGUGUUGUUCGGGAAACUCCCCCCGAACUUAUUCUUCCAGAUAACAUUCUACCAGAUAAAGCAACAAAGAUGGUGGUGAAACUUGAAACCCUUGAAAGGGAGCUCAAAUUGUAAGCCGGACUUUGAUAAUAAUCACCUGGCAUAGUGUAGAUGAAGAGUUCCAAACUGUACUUGUGAUCUUGGAUCAAGGUUCCAAGCUUUUACUAGACCUUGACGGAUUCAAUGGGAGAGCGAUAUGAACUUCAAGUUGGUCUUACAUCAUUUAUUGUUAUCCGUAUAAAUAUUUCGGGCAGGAUUAAAUAGACAAUAAAUAGGGUCUGUUUUUUAUAUAUGUUUUUUCUCUUCCACUUUAAACCCUCAAAUUCGGACAUGAAUGGGAGGAAUCUCUUUCUUCCGCUUUUAUGGUCAGGAUGUGAUCCUAUAAUUAGCCAAUGUGUGUGGAACAGAAUGAUGUAUACAAAGGAUUAAUAGGGUUAGAAAUAUUACUUUGAAUACUAUUGUAAAUCAAGAAAAUAUGUGGUAGUUGAAGCUAUAUUAGGUAUUGA